UGGUAAGGCAACAACAUGGACCACGUCCUCCAUUUCUACACCCGCUACACCGAUUCUAUCACGAAUCUAGAUAUCUUAACGCCGACAACACCGACCCAGAUGAUACUUUAGUAUUGAAGACCAUGAUAUCGACGUUGUGCACACCCGGCCCACGCGGGCCGGCCUCGUCAACCCCUCUCUGGUAAUUGCUACUACCGAGGCCCGAGCGAGGCUAAGUAGUCACGCCAGUUUGUGCUGACCUGGAGCGCCUGGAUUUUAAGUGAACCGUUAUUAUGGUACGGCUGAUCAUUGAGUUAUGUUUCUCGCCCGUCUCGUUUAGAACUGCAUGGUCCCACAUUGACGAGACGCCUGAAUGAUGAUACGGAAGACGUACCGUCUUGCUAUGAUUGUAUCUCUAUGAUUUAAACCACUGACCCCAGGACUCUGAUCGUAAGUCAAUAGUUGCAGUACUUCCUUCAAAUAAGCAACAGACUUGUCCAUAAUGACUACGACGGUGACUCAAACGCUGCCGACCACAAUCACGGUCACGGGAGAGAGCGCGAAAGAGACUCUCCACAAAACCCUAUCAUUUGACUUGUCAAGAUAUCAAAAACUUUCCCCCGAACAAGUUGGCCAUCUGCGCCAUUAUCACAAUCUCGCCUUCCAGCCAGAUGGAGAAUGGAGAUUCAUGGGAUCGGCCGACCCAGGCCAGGAGUUUCUCGAUGCCUACCGCUACCAGCUAGCCACCAUGGUAUAUGCAGCAUCCCUGACACAUUAUCAUCGUCUGCCUGCCCUACGCACCAUCUUCAAGCCUCUCAUCCGUCAAUUGAUCCAGAAAAUGCUCCGUCGUGAUGUCUGGGGUUACUGGUUCCUCACCUCCCACGGCAACGUCGUCACCGAUCCCUCGCUCAAAGAACUCCGCAAGCCAUGGGCCGAUCCUGUGGUCAAGGAAAAUAUCAUGUACAGUGGACAUCUUCUACUCAUGCUCAGUCUCUAUGCUAUGCUGUUCGAUGAGGACGAGUUUGAAAAGGAAGACUCGAUUGUCUUCAAAUGGGACCCAGUCUUUUUUGGAUUCGGCCCUGAAAACUUCACAUACAGCACACAAACCCUGCAGAAGGUCAUUCUCGAUGAGAUGGAAAGCAACAACUGGGUUGGCGUCUGCUGUGAGCCGAACGUUGUCUUUAUUAUCUGCAAUCAGUUUCCCCUCAUCGCCAUUCGCUACAACGACAUCCGUCACGGGACGAACGUCGCAGGAGAAAUCAUGCCCAAGUAUGUGGCCGCAUGGGAGAAGAAGAACGGCUUCUCGCAACAGGACGGCCGGUUCGUGGAUUGGUGGAUGGUGAGGCAGGAUCAUGUUGUUGAAACCACCGAAGUAGCAUGGACAGCCUGGACUGGGGCAUUCAUGCAUAGCUGGAACCCGAAACUUGUGGAGGCACUGUAUGAGAAACAGACCACUGGAUUCUUGACCAGGACAGCGUCCGGCCACAUCAAUCUACAACCACCCAUCGUGGCCAAACACUAUCGGGCCAUACUGGCAGAAAAGCAGAUUCAAGACAAACCUUCACCAGAAGACGAGCCGGAGAUUCUGUCGCAGGCAGUCAAGUUGACCAAAGCGGAACUUGCUGCCCGCAACAAGAAGGGCUUCCCCUACAAUAAACCGUCCUUUGGCUAUGUGGUGCAGUGGUUGUCGGAGCUGGGCAAGACCGUCGAGCUCAAUGAGCUUCUCUCAUACGCCGAUCAUAAUCUACAUCCGGAGUGGGAAAACGGUGGCUUGUACUAUCGCCGUAAUGACCAUCCGUAUGACCUCAACGAGGACGACUCAAUCAGGUGGACCUUCAUGAGCCCAUACACAGGCAACGCUGCCAUUGGCUACGGCCGUCUCAACGUCAAAGAUGGCCAGAAGAUUAUGUAUGAACAUCCUUGGUCUAGUGAGCAGCUGAAGAGCACCCCUUGGAUCGACAACCUCGACUUUGUAAACCCUGGAACUGGGGUCAGCGUGCUUCGUGGACAGUGGGAUUCUGAGCUGAAUGCCCUCGUCUUGACCGUCAAGGGUUGGGACUACUCUGGAAAGGGCUGUGACGAUAGUGUCACUAUCAACCCAAUCGCCCGAAACCUGGACUCGGGGCACUGGGGUCUGUACGUUGAUGGUGAAUUGGUCUCCACAAAGGACCUGCAAUCUGGCGAUGGCUUCGAAGUCACUCUCAAGGUCAAGAGGGGAGAGGAGAGGGAUGUAGUAUUUUUGAAAGCUUAAUUGCAAUGCUUGUAUUGUGGGCAUAAUCAAUGAUAUCUGCC